CUACGGCGAUACGGAUAUCACUUAUUGAUAUCUAUACAGCGCAUUGAUGUGAAUCACACUGCUGCUCUCUCAUUUAGCUAUUUGUGCCUUACGGAACGUGGUUGUUGUGGAUGGCUGUUCACAAAUCCAAACGUGUAUUUGAACCCGAUAAUGGUUGAAUUCAAGAAGUUUAAACUGCCCAUCAAUCAUUGUUUUUGAAACCAGUGGACUGCCAGUGAAAAAUGCGCUCUUGCAACAGCUGCAUAGUGCGGAUCCCAGCCUAUGGAAUAAAAAUAUUUUUUCCCCCCCAUAGGCCUGUUCAAACUCGCACACUUUUGACAUACUUAAAGGGGCAAUAUGUUGUUGCUACAUCAAAUUUUUGACUUAUAAAUCAUGAGCUCAUGAGUUUAAUUCAACUUUCACACUCCAUGAGAACCCAAAAUAUAACCUUGUUUUUAUCCAAUGUUUGUAAACAUUGUAAAUGUAAACAAACACUGUAUAGCCUCAUAAUAUGGUUAAAACAAUAAUUUUGAUAUCAUGGAUGGUCAGUCCUUGCAUCCGUAGCUCUGUCUAUUAAUCUUGAGAGUGGUUACAUUUCUCCAAGCCCAUCCCUCAGCCUACCAAAACAGAGGCGGCGAAACGAUUUAGUUCUUGUUUCAUCGGUGGAUUUGCCCUUUAAACUGCUAUCAAGAUAUCAAAGUGUCACCAACAAAAAGGUAAACAAUAGGCCUAUAGCAAAUUCAGCAUAUGGCAUUAAUUUUUCACAUGUAAAUAGCACUUUUCAGUAGUGCUCAAAGCAUGCCAUUCCAUGAGCGCAGCAUUUCUUUUUCAACUCGAAUCAAUGAGCCCAAUCAGUCCUGCAUGACAACAAAAUCAUAAACAGAGUAGGGUUGGCUAAUAAAUCCUUAGUUUUGGGAUUAUGCUCAAGCAAAAUAAUUAGGCUAAUCUAUACUUCCAUAUUUCCAAAUCCUUUUCUUGAAGAUCAAGGGGUAUAACAUUUAUUGGAUUGACUGGAAUUCUGAUAGACUUUGGUUUUUAAUGUAAAUAUAUAAUUUCAUUGUAUUAUAUGUAGUGGGGAAGAGAUUGGUUAGAAGAAGCCUACAUAACCAACCCAUAAAGUAACAUUUAACAUCCAUAUGGCCAGCUAUGUAAACUUUAACAUUGAUUUAUCCUGCAAUAGAUGUAGUUCAAUUGGUAACAUACAUUUUUGUCUUCUUCUAAUGCAUUUUAAGGGGAAAGUAAUCUAAAAGUAACUGAAUGUAAUCAGAUUAUGUUACUGAGUUUGGUUAAUCCAAAAGUUACUUUACUGAUUACAAUUAUGGAAAGCCAACUAGUAACUGUAACUGAUUACAUUUAGAAAGUAACCUACCCAUCCCUGCAGACUAAUGGGUGAUACCUGCAUGCUCUGAAUGAUGUAGGUUAUGGAAUACAUUUUUACAUCUGGUUAAAUCCACACCAGUAAUAGUGAUUUGUAUGCUACUCAAAAUGUGUGGCAUGUAAUUAAUUAGAAGAUUCAAACACAACAAUGCAACAACCUAUCAGAUUGCAGGUGCAUAUAGCCUUUUCAUAAUAUGGCCAAGAGGAGAAGGGGCAGAUAAUAACCUGACAGACUCGAGUUUUGGAAAUUGCUGAAGCCUUCCUAUCUACCACCACACCAGUGGUGGAAAAAGUACCCAAUUGUCAUACUUGAGUAAAAGUAAAGAUACCUUUUUAUAGAAAAUGACUCAAGUAAAAGUGAAAGUCACCCAGUAAAAUACUACUUGAGUAAAAGUCUAAAAGAGUUUGGUUUCAAAUGUACUUAAGUAUCAAAGUAAAUGUAAUUGCUCAAAUAUACUUAAGUAUCAAAAGUAUAAAUCAUUUCAAAAUCCUUGUAUUAAGCAAAUCAGACGGCACAAUUUCCUUUUUGAAGUUUUUUUCAAUGGAUAGCCAAGGGCACACUUCAACACUCAGACAUAAUUUGUGUUUAGUGACCUCUGCCAGGUCAGAUGCAGUAGGGACGACCAGCGAUAUUCUCUUGAUAAGUGCAUGAAUUGGACAAUUUUCCAUUAGGAUCCAGCUGCGACAUCAUCUCUCAGAGCAGUCAUCCCUCAGGGUCUCUAUGCUGCCAUCUACUAAUAUGUCAUCUCUCAGUGCAGUGCAUCGCUCAGGAAAAGUGGAGGUGUCAAAAGGAACCAUAUAAGGAGAAGUGGGGAUUUUGAAAGGAACCAUAUAAGGAGAAGUGGGGAUUUUGAAAGGAACCAUAUAAGGAGAAGUGGGGAUUUUGAAAGGAACCAUAUAAGGAGAAGUGGGGAUUUUGAAAAUAACCAUAUAAGGAGAAGUGGGGAUUUUGAAAAGAACCAUAUAAGGAGAAGUGGGGAUUUUGAAAGGAACCAUAUAAGGAGAAGUGGGGAUUUUGAAAGGAACCAUAUAAGGAGAAGUGGGGAUUUUGAAAGGAACCAUAUAAGGAGAAGUGGGGAUUUUGAAAAGAACCAUAUAAGGAGAAGUGGGGAUUUUGAAAGGAACCAUAUAAGGAGAAGUGGGGAUUUUGAAAGGAACCAUAUAAGGAGAAGUGGGGAUUUUGAAAGGAACCAUAUAAGGAGAAGUGGGGAUUUUGAAAAUAACCAUAUAAGGAGAAGUGGGGAUUUUGAAAGGAACCAUAUAAGGAGAAGUGGGGAUUUUGAAAGGAACCAUAUAAGGAGAAGUGGGGAUUUUGAAAAGAACCAUAUAAGGAGAAGUGGGGAUUUUGAAAAGAACCAUAUAAGGAGAAGUGGGGAUUUUGAAAGGAACCAUAUAAGGAGAAGUGGCGAUUCAAAGGAGUCUUUUAACUAGAAGUGCUGGAAUUCCAUAACUGCUAGAACUGAAAUUACUUGAUAUUUAAAUUAUUAUUAUUAUUAUUUAAAAUAGUCAAUAAUAAAUCAUGCAUUGUUCAAGUUCAGGUAUCUAAAGUUAACAAGUAUUUACAUUUACGAAAACGUAACGUUACAUACAUGGUUACCAGUAGGUUACGUUCAAAGACACAGUUCACAAUGGGUAAAUAGACAUUUUUGGGGGAUAACUAAAAUUCCUUACUGUCAUCUCUGCAGAACAUGACUGACAUCUUGAGUGGCACCUUUCAAAACCCACACUUCUCCUUAUAUGGUUCCUUUCAAAAUGUCCACUCCUUUCGAAACCCCCACUUUUCCUGAGAGAUUACAUUGUAGAUCCUGAGGGAUGACUGCUCUGAGAGAUGACAUUGUAGACCCUGAGGGAUGACUGCUCUGAGAGAUGAUGUUGCAGCAGGACCCCUCCAACUUUCCAGUCCGGCUAAGCAUUCAAAAUAACUCAGGGGAACUCCUCCAGAAACAGCAGCAUAAAGAAGUAGGCUAACUCAGGAGUGAGAAGGAUGGGUGAGACACCGGUCAGGGAGGAUGGCACAGUUACAAGGUCAGCUGAGUAUGUUGGGUCUUUUCAUGUGGACGACUGCUGUUUGGACGAUCAGAUGCAGCAGUUGCACACACAGCUAAAGUCUCUCAAAACAUGCAAGAAAAGGAGGCCUGUGUCCCUUAAAUUUUCCAUCAAAGGGGUGAAGAUGUAUGAUGAAGAUGAGACGACCCUCCUCAUGGCCCAUGCUCUACGAAGGGUCUCCCUUUCCACUGCCCACCCCUCGGACGCCCAGUUCGCCUUUGUUUCCCACAACCCCGGCAGCCCUGAUGCCCAGCUAUACUGCCACCUUUUCAAGGCUAGGCAUGCCAGAGCAGCCCAGUUCCUGAACCUGUUGCUGUGCCGCUGUUUCCAGCUGUCCUACCUGGCAAAGCACCCAGAGGAGGUGCAGGAUGAGUCUGUCGGCCCACUGCCCAACCGUGCCCCCUCCCUCCUCAACCAGGGCUUCCCUCUCUGUGUCAGUGCCCUUGUGUCAUUCCGAAGGGCCCCCACUCUGGGCUUACUCCCAGGGGAAAAGGUCUUCCCAUUGAAGAACAACGGAACAACAACUGAGGAACAACCGAGCAGCCAAGAGGAGGUCUUCAACUCCUCUCCUUCCCUGGUGCGCAAGAGAGCCAUCCGCAACAAAGUACUACGCUCAGGAGCCUAUCGCUCCUUCACUUACAGCCCUCACAAACAACGUCACCUCCAGGAUCAGCUAAACUCUCCAGAAGGGAAGGGGCAGGACAAAAUGCCAGUGAGGAGAGCCCGGGCCCCGAGCCUUGCUGAAACAGAAGAAGCUCUGGCUCAAGCAGUGUGGUGUUGGGCUGGCAUUGCCACUGACAGCAGCUCCUCCCUGCUUGCAGAGGAUGUCCUGGGGUCGUACCUGCUGUGCCCCCAUCCUAAGAGAACUGGCUGUGGCUCUCUCAUAAUUCGUUUCUCUUCUGGACUGGUCACCCACCUAAUAGACAAUACCUCCAACGGGAAAUACCUGCUUGAGGACAAUGACCAAAAACCCACCUGCAGUCUGUGUAAGGGCUAUAUAAUCAAGAAGGAGAGUGAUGGAGUGCUGCAUCAGAUGACCUGGCCUCCACAGUCACCCGACCUCAACCCAAUUGAGAUGAUGGUUUGGGAUGAGUUGGACCGCAGAGUGAAGGAAAAGCAGCCAACAAGUACUCAGCAUAUGCACAUGCAAGGCUGGUUGGGAGAAUGCCAAGAGUGUGCAAAGCUGUCAUCAAGGCAAAGGGCAGCUACUUAGAAUAAUCUAAAAUUUCAAAUAUAUUUGGAUUUGUUUAACACUUCUUUGGUUGGUACAUGAUUCCAUAUGUAUUAUUUUAUAGUUUUGAUGUAUUAACUAUUUAUUUUAUUUUUUUA